UUUCAGAUGAACAUUCGCGGGAAAACCAUUCAUGUCAAAUAUGCUUGGAUUGAUGGAAAAAUAGAAGAGAACGUAUCAAUAUCAGUUGAUGAAACGGGAAAAAUUGUUGGAAUUAAUAAGAAAAUAUUCGAUGAGAAUGUUCAUUUGAGCAACCAUGUUCUUCUGCCAGGAUUUAUAAAUACUCAUUCUCAUGCAUUUCAUCGACAUUUGAGAGGAAAAUCAGAAAUUGGAAAAUCUGCGGCUGAUACGUUUUGGAAAUGGAGAGAUAAUAUGUAUGGAUUGGUUGCUGAAGUUACGAAGGAAAAGAUUUAUCAGUACUGCUUAUCAACUUUCAAAGAAAUGAUUAAUGCCGGAAUCACUACUGUUGGAGAAUUUCAUUAUGUUCAUCACUCGGAACAAAAAUUCGAUUUGGAUCAAUUGGUGAUUCAAGCAGCAAUUGAUGCUGGAAUUCGAAUUGUUCUUCUUCAAACUCUUUACGAAAGAGCUGGAUUUGAUAGUCCCGCAGUUCAUCCUGUUCAAGAGAGAUUUAUAGCUUCUUAUGAAGAUUUUAUUGGAAAUUUGGAGAAAUUAAGGAAAGAGAAAACACACGAAAGAGUUCAAAUUGGAGUAGCUGCACAUUCAGCAAGAGCUGUUCCUUUUGAAAAUAUCAAGAAGUUAUUCGAAUACGCCAGUGAACACAAAAUCCCAUUUCAUAUUCAUUUGGAAGAACAACCCAAAGAAAUUUUCGAUUGUCAAAAGUUUAUUGGACAGAAACAAGGUCCAAGUGACUUAAUACUGUCAAAAAUGCACCUGAACGAAUAUUUCACUGCUGUUCAUUCAACUUUUACACCAGCAAACAAUAUGCUCCUGUUCUCAAAGCUUGGCGCCAAUGUUUCAAUUUGUCCAUGCACAGAGGGAUACCUUGGAGACGGAAUCCCUCGAAUCAACGAAAGCUUGAAAAUCAGUUUUGGUACUGAUUGCAAUAAUCGAAUUUGUUUUUUGGAAGAAAUGCGAUGGGCGUGUUUUUCGCAACAGAUGUUAAACAAUUCUCGAAGUGUUUGUGGCCUUUCGCCAGAAAAACUACUUCUAUGCGCCACAAUCGACGGAGCCCGUGCUUUAUCUUUAACUUCAAAAACUGGAAGUCUUGAGGUCGGAAAGUACUUUGACGCAAUUUCGUUUUCUCUGGAUUCUCCACUUCUUGAAAACUCUCUUGCUGAUACUUUGAUUGACUCUCUUGUGCUCUCAGCUGGCAAUAGAGAGAUUUCGAAUGUUUUUGUGUCCGGAGUGGAUAGGAAAACAUGAGGACAUGGAUUUUCGAGAAAAUACAAAAAAAAAAUGUAUGACAGAUAAGGGGUUUGUUGUAAUUGAAUUUUGUUACUGAUGAUGAUAUGAAUUUAAAAUAUUUCG